CGGCCCGGCGCCAGUCUCGCGCGCCAGUGACCUCUGCGCCGCGCGCCAGCCAGCAGUGCCGGCCAGUGUUCGUAGACGAUUUCUGCUUCUGGGUGUGUAAAACUGUGAGCUGCGACGUCUGGUGCAUACUUGCGCUUGUUUCGAAGAUGCAGAUCCUGCUCUGUGGACUGCUGUUGUUGGCCGCUGUGGCCGGAGGUCAGGCGCAGUGCAUGACCAGAGAUGACACCGCCAUCAACGUCACUAACAACCAAGUUGUCUACAUCAGUAGUUCCCACGACUUCGCAGUGCGGCUGUUUCAAAAGCUGCACCCGGAGUGCCAGGGUCGCAACCUCUUCUUUUCUCCGUACUCGAUCUGGAGUGCGCUGACGCUGGCGUUCUUCGGCGCGGAAGGCGACACCCACUCUGAGAUGGCGCAGGCGAUGGGUCUCUCCGGCCUGAACAAGGUGGACGUCAUGCGCGCCUUCCGCUUCAUACUGUUCUGGCAGAAUGUGGAGCUGUCCGACAAGAUUGACGACGCCGGUAAAAACGAGCUUCGUGUGGCAAACCGGCUCUUCUUCGACCGCCGGCAGAAGGUGAAGCUGUGCAUGAAGGAGCUCUUCCACAACGAGAUCGAGAUGGUUGACUUCCGGAAGGCCAGCGAGGAGGCGCGGCAAACCAUCAACGCCUGGGUGGAGGAGCAGACGGCCAACUGCAUCAAGGAGCUGGUGCCACCCGGGUACGUGGAUUCUAACUCGCGGAUGGUCCUGGUGAACGCUGCCUACUUCAAGGGCACCUGGGUGUCGCAGUUCCGUCCGAACGAAACCCAGCUGGCGCCGUUCCACUCCUCCAAAGAGGACGUCUCCAUGGUGAGCAUGAUGCAGCAGGAAGGCACGUUCAACUGCGGUCCUUCGGAGCCGCUGCAGGCACAGGUGCUGGAACUGCCGUACCUGGGCCACCAGAUCAGUAUGUAUAUCCUGCUGCCGUUUGCAGACAGUUCACUGGAUGUCACUAUCUCCAGGCUGACUCCGAAGAUCCUGCGCGGCGCCUUCGAGUUCAUCAGCCCUGGUGAAGUGAACAUCCACAUCCCAAAGUUCCGCGUCGAGGAGGACUACGAACUGAGCAGCGUGCUCAGUGACCUCGGCUUCGAGCGGCUCUUCAAUGGGUCCACCGCCGACCUGAGCGGCUUCUCCAAGUCCGGAAACAUGGCGCUGGGCAACGCGCUGCACAAGGCCUUCGUGGAGAUCAGUGAGGAGGGCACCGAGGCUGCAGCGGCCACGGCGCUUCUGGACAACCGGUCCGGCCACCCUUCGCGGGUGGAACAGUUCAUCUGCGACAGGCCCUUCAUGUACGUCAUAUACUACAAGCCGACACACACCAUGCUCUUCAUGGGCACCUACGAGCACCCGGACGUCGAGGCAAAAGAGUCCGGGGAGUCGGAAGAGGGUGACUUCUAAGCGGAGGCUGACUCGGUGACGACUGACGGGGGAGCUUGAGGGCCGUGCUGUCGAGUAUUUGUUGUUGCCCAUAAGCAAGUGAAGUUCGUGAGAGACAGGAAUACAAUUCAACAUUCAGAAGGCCAAAAAGGUUUCUAUCAGUUCACUGCACGAGUGUCUGGAUCGGCAUCCAAUCAUCAAUGUGAGACGAACCGCUUCCCGUUUUGUAGUUCUCUCGGUGACAUAACAGUGGUGCUAGCAACGGAAAUGUCUUAAAUUCUGCAGUUGCACAGAUGAGACGAGAAAAGAGGGGAGAGAGAAAGAGGGGCGAGAGAGAGAGAGAGAGAGAGAGAGAGAGAGAGAGAGAGAGAGAGAGAGAGAGACCUUCUGGUGUGCGGGUAUGACUAGGGAUGCAUCCGGCACCUCGUCUGUUAGCAACGGUACCUUCCUCAUGUGGUCCCUGUUGAAUGUCGGUUGACAAUAUGACCGACUGAACGUGUCACCCAAGCGCGUCUACCUUGUGAUGUUUCAUGAGGUACAGAGUCUUCUUGCACAGUGGUGCAGGUGCGUCAACCCUGUCGUAUGCACAUCAAAUGUACUGCCGUUGGUUUC